UUUCUAAAUUCAUUUUUCUCAAUUUCACAUGAAAAUUUCAUCACUUUUGAAACAUUCUUCGAUUAUCUCUCCUCUCUUCUCUAUAAAUCUGCAAUCUCUGAUCUCACUCUCUCUCCUCUUCUUUCAAGGUCUCCACGAUGAGGAACAAAGUCUCGAGGAGAGUCAUCUCUCUCAGAUGGGUUCCGUUCAUCUGCAUCUCCUUCUUCGUCCUCGGAGCCAUCUUCACCUCCAGGUCAUGGGAGGAGCCGUCGUCUGAUUCCGGCAGUCAGCUGAUCUCACAGCGUCAUCGUGACCAAGAACUCCAGAUUGUAUCUGACGAUUGUGCUCAUAAGAAAAAAGCAGCUACACAAGAAAAAGAUGUAAUUGACCAAGUUUUGAAAACUCACCAAGCAAUAGAUGUUGACAGGUCUUCAGUCACAAGAACCUCACAAGAGACGGUUGAUGGCUCGGAAACACUUUCUUCCUCUUUAACCGGAGCAAACCCGAAGAAGAAAGUGUUCAUGGUUAUGGGAAUCAACACUGCAUUCAGCAGUAGAAGACGGCGUGAUUCCCUCAGGGGAACAUGGAUGCCUCAAGGGGAGAAGCUAGAGAAACUGGAGAAAGAGAAAGGGAUUGUCAUCAAGUUCAUGAUUGGUCACAGUGCAACCUCAAAUAGUAUUCUGGAUAGAGCUAUUGAUUCAGAAGAUGCUCAACACAAAGACUUCCUUAGGCUGGAGCAUGUUGAAGGAUAUCACGAACUCUCAGCAAAAACCAAAAUAUUCUUUUCAACAGCAGUAGCUAGAUGGGAUGCAGAGUUCUAUAUCAAGGUUGAUGAUGAUGUUCACGUUAAUCUCGGUAUGCUUGCUUCCACACUUGCUCGUCACCGCUCAAAGCCUAGAGUCUAUAUCGGCUGUAUGAAAUCAGGACCUGUUCUUGCUCAAAAGACAGUGAAGUACCAUGAACCUGAGUACUGGAAGUUCGGAGAGGAAGGUAACAAGUACUUUCGACAUGCUACGGGACAGAUCUACGCCAUCUCCAAGGAUCUUGCCAAAUACAUAUCCAUCAACCAGCCAAUAUUGCAUAAAUAUGCAAAUGAAGAUGUGUCAUUAGGGUCAUGGUUUAUUGGACUUGAGGUUGAACAUAUUGAUGACAGAAACUUCUGUUGUGGGACUCCUCCAGAUUGUAGAUGGAAGGCAGAGGCGGGUGAUGUAUGUGUGGCGUCGUUCGAGUGGAGCUGCAGUGGUAUUUGCAAGUCGGUAGAGAGGAUGAAGAUGGUCCAUGAAGUUUGUAGUGAAGGAGAAGAAGCUGUUUGGAAUGCUCUUCUCUAAAAACGUUUUUUAUCAAUCAUUUCUCGAUACAGUUGUUAAGAGGAGAUGACAAUUUUUGUAAAGAACCAAAAAGGUAUACAAAUCUCAUAUACUGGAAAAAGGAACUUUCAAAUGAAGAAUUUUUUUAACAUA